GGCCCUAAGCUGCUCUUCCUCUGCUGGGCUUCCAGGAGCCCAGUGGAUGCCCCUGACUCCUGUUUUCCCAUGUUCAUCCUUCUUUUCUCUUAAACUCCAGACUCAAAAAUCCAGCUACCUCCUCAGCUCCCUGAUGCUCCAGGUGCCCCAGGCCUUCAACAUGUCCCACCUGAAACCCUCAUUUACCCCCUAAACCUGCCCUGGCCCACCAAGUCUGGGCUUGGGAGAGGUUUGGCACCCUUCCUCUUCCAUGUCCACCCAGUCUCCCGGCCCGAUCCCUUUUCCCCAAAGCUCUGAGUCCUUCUUGCCCGUGGUCCUCCCAGUGCCCCAUCUCCCCUCUCCAGGUUCCUGCCCAGGACUAGUGAAGUGUCUUGCCAUCUGGUCUCCACUCUCUGGCAUCUUCUGAAGGGUGUUCCUGAAACACAGAGCCGAGGACCUUGGGCUCCUUCUUGUCUAAGUCGUCAAGUACCCAGGGCCAGCAGCUUGGGCGGCAGGGCACUUCUCCAUCUGCCUGUGUCCUGGACGCGCAUGAUCAGGAUACCUGUGCCUUGAUGUCUCUCUGCAAAAGCAGACACUAAUCACUCUGCUGGGCAUGCCCUCCCUUGCUCAUCCACUGGGCUCACUCUGGAUGUGGCUUAGGCACCCCUGCCUCUGAGAAGCCUUCCUUGCCCCACUGGAUCGGAUGAAGCCUGUGUGAGGCAUCCUUAUCCUGGCACGGCCCCCUCUGUUCACCAGCCUGGCUCCCCUAACAGACUGAUUCCCCCACGGCAGGGUGGCACCUCCCACACUGGUUGCAAGAGGAGCUGAGCCAUCUGGGGUUGCAAGAGGAGCUGAGCCAUCUGGGGCCAGGGAUGCAUCAUCAUUUGCCUGGGAACCUUGUAGACCAGGGGGCAUCUGGGAGAGGCACAGCCGACCUCUCAAGCCGCUCGUCCUGGGCUCGUGGUGGAGCCCCCACCAGCCCCACAGACACUCUCAGCCCUUCACACGCCCUCGCUGUGAGGAGGGCAGGACCAAGGUUGAGGACUUCUCCCCUGGCCACACGUCCCAGCUGUUUUUCGCUGUAUAACCUUGAGCAGGGCACAUGCCCUCUUGGAGUCCCUGGGUCCCAUCUGUCAAAUGGCUCUGGCAGCACCUACCUGGGAGGACAGUUGCUAUAAGUGGUGUGCCCAGAAAAAGGGCUGGAUGUUUGGUAGAUGCCGAGUGGCACUUGCCUAGGGUGCUCCCGUUUCUCAAACAGGGAAACAGACCCCGAGGGGAACUGAUGUGGCCCAGGUCACAUGGGUGGGUGGCAGCACAGCCUGGAUCCCAGGCUCCCCACUGGCUCUUGGCCUUGGCUGUCUUGUCUGCCCCCACCUGCCCCAUCCACUACUACUGUCCAGCCUGGAUGGAUGAGUCGCACGGAGCUGAUCAGGCGCUUGCACUCUGCAUAGCUGGGUAAAUCUUGUGUCCCCGCCUCUCACGCAAAGACCUCAUCGUGACCAGGACUCUAUGGCUCAUCGUUGGCCCGGAAGGACCUGGUGCCACUGGUUCCUGCUGCCCCUGCACCGGUAGCCAUGCCGACCUGGCCCGGCUGAGAGGGGCAGGGGACCAGGCACUCCUGACCCCAUCAUCUGGUCCAGCCUGGGGGAAAGGAGUUUGGAUCACGACGAGGCCAGUGAGUUGGAGAUGAGAAAGACCUCAAACUCGUGCAUCAUGGAAAAUGGGCACCAGCCGGGGGCAGGUCCAGGCGAUGGACCCCCUGAGAUUGCCCAAAACUUCUCAGCACCAGAUCCCCCCAGGCCUCGUCCCGUGAGCCUCUCCUUGCGGCUGCCCCACCAGCCAGUCACAGCCAUCACCCGAGUCUCUGACAGGUUCUCUGGGGAGACCUCAGCUGCGGCUCUAUCACCCACGUCUGCUGCCACCUUGGGGGGCCUCAACCCAAGCCCCAGCGAGGUCACCACGCCCUGGACUCCCAGUCCUAGCGAGAAGAAUUCCUCUUUCAUGCGGUCUGUGUCGAGCUCUGGCUACGGGGCAGUGACAGCAAGCAAACACAGCGACAGCCCACCGCUGGUGACACCACCCCAGUCGCCCGUGUCCCCGCAGCCGCCAGCCAUAACUCAGGUCCAUCGGCAGGGGGAGCGUCGCAGGGAGCUGGUGAGGUCGCAGACGCUGCCCCGCACCUCGGAGGCGCAGGCCCGGAAGGCAUUGUUUGAGAAGUGGGAGCAGGAAACGGCGGCCGGCAAGGGGAAAGGCGAGGCCCGGGCCAGGCUGAAGCGGUCGCAGAGCUUCGGUGUGGCCAGCGCCAGCAGCAUCAAGCAGAUCCUGCUCGAGUGGUGCCGCAGCAAGACGCUGGGCUACCAGCACGUGGACCUGCAGAACUUCUCCUCCAGCUGGAGCGACGGCAUGGCCUUCUGCGCCCUGGUACACUCCUUCUUCCCCGACGCCUUCGACUACAACUCCCUGAGCCCCACGCAGCGACAGAAGAACUUCGAGCUGGCCUUCACCAUGGCUGAGAAUCUGGCCAACUGUGAGCGCCUCAUCGAAGUGGAGGACAUGAUGGUGAUGGGCCGCAAGCCGGACCCCAUGUGUGUCUUCACCUACGUCCAGUCGCUGUACAACCACCUGCGUCGCUUCGAGUAAAGCCCCUGAGCCUGGAUUGCCAAAGAGCAGCCCCAGGAAGAGGCCGGGGGUCCGUUUGCGAUUCCCCAGCCAGGAUGCCCCCAGGAGCCUUGCCGUUUGGUGUGAGCGCGCUGUUUGUUCUGUGGCAUGUGACCGCACUCCCCUUCGAGCCCAGCUGUGUUACUGAUUAAAAGUACUGCUGAGCUGUGGUCCGACAGCGCUGAUCACAGCCAAGGGCUCGGAGGAAAAGGAAAAAUUAUGAGAGAGAGAGACGUUGGUGCUAAGUAAUGAUCUUCCUAAAGAAAUGCUUGUGUUUAUAGCUUCCAGAAUGCUAAUCUACGAUUUUCCCUCUGGUGAAUUCGAUACAUCGGCUUUACAGGGUUACAGUGAUUACCAAGUGUUUUUUUAUCAAAAUACCCAGAGUUUUUUACUUCCUCACGCGAUUGUAGGUUCCUCUCCUCCCUCCCUCUGAGCCACUGCCAGGAAACAGAGAGACUGCUUAAUCAGCAGCUUGACAAAGAAGACCGCAAGUCUUGGGAAGAAACAGUUUAAUCACUCCCAAGUCCUGGGCAACAGAUGACCUUCAAGUCACCUCCACUCUCCAGGGAGAUGGGAAGGCUCUCCUCUUGGUCCCAAAGUCCUCCUGUUCUUCCCAGGAGGCCCCACAAGUGUUCGGCUAAGCACAGGCUCUCGGGAAUUUAACACUUUUGGGGAAGGAAUAGGCCCUUUGUGCUGAGAGAGAGUUUUUAUUCACAUCUUUUUUAGGGGAUUUGCUGCAGAUAUUUAUAAAAAGUAACUCCCUCUGUACAACUGACCCAUUUGUACAUAAAAAAGAUGUGUUGAAUUUUG